AUGGCGGCAAACAAUAUCGUGGUCCUCGGUGCUGGAGUCGUUGGCCUCACCACGGCAAUGCUACUCUCGCGUGACCCUGAGAAUAAGAUUACUGUUGCUUCAAAGCAUAUGCCAGGAGACUAUGAUAUUGAGUAUACCUCACCAUGGGCCGGUGCCAAUUACCUUCCAGUUGGACAGGAAAAUAGCAAGGUCGGACAAUGGGAAAAAGCGACAUGGCCGCACCUCCAAAAAUUGGCUCAAGACUGUCCGGAGGCAGGGAUUCACUUCCAGGAAACUGUAUGCUACAAUCGAAAGAAAGACCAAGAUUCGACCACGGGCAAAUGGUUCGCUGAACUGAUCAAGCCGAACCCAUGGUACAACAAAGUCGUUCCUAAUUAUCGUGAAUUGCCUCAAAACGAGCUGCAAGACAGCAUCGAUAACGGCAACAGCUUCACUUCAGUCUGUAUCAACACGGCCGUCUAUCUACCAUGGCUCGUCGGCCAGUGCCGAAAGAAUGGCGUCGAGUUCAAAAGAGCGAUCGUCAGCCACAUUUCCGAAGCAGCUGAUCUCCAUCAUUCUGGAAACAAGGCAGAUGUUGUCGUUAAUUGUACUGGUCUGUCUUCUCGUAGUUUGGGUGGCGUCAUGGACACUACUCUCUUGCCGGCUAGGGGUCAGAUCGUUGUCGUGCGAAAUGAUCCCGGCGUGAUGCUUACUAUCUCUGGAACGGAUGAUGGAGAAGACGAGGCCACGUAUAUCAUGACACGGGCUGUCGGAGGUGGCACAAUCCUAGGCGGAUCCUACCAAAAGAACAACUGGGAUCCAAACCCAGAUCCGAACCUAGCGAUUCGAAUCAUGAAACGAUGCAUCGAGCUAUGCCCAAGCCUCGUAGGUGAAGGUCAAGGUAUCGAAGGGCUGGGCAUCAUUCGACACGGCGUCGGGCUUCGACCACUGCGUGAGGAUGGUCCUCGAACCGAGAAAGAGAAGUUUGAUGGUUUUUGGGCGGUUCAUAAUUAUGGACAUGCUGGAUAUGGGUAUCAGACUUCGUAUGGAAGUGCAGCCGAGGCAGUUGCGUUGGUGAAAGAGACCUUGCAGCAAGCGAAGAAAGCAAAGCUAUAA